AUGAAAAAUAGUGACAAACACAUUGAUGUUAGUCGAUUGUUUAUUUAUUACAAUGGACGAGAGAAAGACGGAAAUUGCUACGAAGAUAACGGAACAACAAUUGUGUCGGCCGUCGAAGCUCUAGAACAGCUUGGCUGCUGUGAGGAAUCAACAUGGCCUUAUGAUCCAACUAUGGUCUCACAAAAGCUAACAGAACAAGCUUACAAAGAAGCUAUGAGAUAUCGCGUUUCUGAGAAGAUAUCCGUCGAUACUGAAUUAAACGCCAUGAAAGCGUGUCUCGCUCAGGGUUAUCCAUUUGUGUUUGGAAUUCAGUUAUUUGAAUCAUUUAGUCAAGCAGAUAGCCCUGAAACGAAGGGAAAGGUUCCUCUACCCCAAGAAAACGAAAAGGAUGGUUCGAAUGAUUAUGGAUGGCACGCAAUGUUAGCAGUGGGAUAUAGUGAUCGAUCCAGAUGUUUUAUUGUCAGAAAUUCGUAUGGUGGCAAAUGGGGUGAUAAUGGCUACUGCUAUAUUCCAUAUGACUACAUGAGCAAUCCAAAACUUUGUUUGGACGCACAUAGCCUUCGGGCCUUCAGCGACGACCGUGACAAUUCUUGA